AUGGCGGACACGGCAGUUGCAGAAAACCCAGCAGCGGCUGCGGAGACUGCUGUGAAUGAAUUGCUUGAGCAGUCCGAAGCACCUGAAGACCCUCAGACUGCUCUCACACAGCCUUCAUCGGACAAUACUGCUGUCGCGACAACCGAUGGCGAUGCGCCCCAGAAGAAGACGAAAAAAAUAAUUAGACGGAAAAAGCGCCCGGCCAGGCCGCAGGUCGAUCCAUCGACAAUCAAGUCAGAGCCACCGCCGCAGACCGGAACCAUUUUCAAUAUUUGGUAUAAUAAAUGGUCAGGUGGAGAUCGUGAAGACAAAUAUCUUUCAAAAACAGCUGCAGCUGGACGAUGUAAUGUUGUGAAGGAUAGUGGUUACACACGUGCCGACAAAGUGACGGGCUCGUACUUUUGUCUGUUCUUCGCAAGGGGUAUUUGCCCGAAAGGCCAUGAAUGCGAAUACCUUCAUCGUCUACCAACCAUCCACGACCUUUUCAACCCCAACGUGGACUGCUUCGGUCGAGAUAAAUUCAGCGAUUACAGAGAUGACAUGGGUGGUGUUGGUUCAUUUAUGCGGCAGAACCGGACACUCUAUGUCGGUCGCGUUCACGUCACUGAUGACAUUGAGGAAAUUGUUGCUCGGCAUUUUCAAGAAUGGGGUCAGGUAGAGCGCACCCGUGUGCUGACCUCACGAGGUGUUGCUUUCGUUACUUAUUCGAAUGAGGCCAAUGCACAAUUCGCAAAAGAAGCCAUGGCUCAUCAAAGUCUGGAUCACAACGAAAUCCUCAACGUCCGUUGGGCAACAGUCGACCCAAAUCCUCUAGCACAAAAGCGCGAAGGCCAGCGUUUAGAAGAGCAAGCGGCCGAGGCCGUCAGACGGGCUCUCCCCGCCGAAUUCGUCGCCGAGCUGGAAGGCCGUGAUCCAGAAGCGAAGAAGAGGAAAAAGAUCGAGGGAACCUUUGGCCUUGAUGGCUACGAGCCGUCCGACGAAAUCUGGUAUGCGCGGACCAAGGAAAUUGAAGGUGCUUCAGGACAGCAACAGCUACAGAUUGAAAAUUCUGAACAGCAGCAACAACUGCUUGAAGCUUCUCACGCACAGCUUGCUGCUUCCGAAACGCAACAGUCUGGCGGUGGUAUCUUGUCUAAUUCAACCAUAGCUGCCUUGAAGGGGUAUUCGACGGUGGCUAAACCCGCACCAGCGAAUCUGGGAGGGUCUUUGGUUGCCUAUGGCAGUGACGACGACAGUGAAUGA